CAGGCAGCCACCGUCUCAGCAGACACUUUCAUUCCCUAACGCAGAGGCUCCGGAAAAUAGGCGCCCUUAUCUACUCUGUCUCUUAAUGACUAAAUAUCCAGGCUCUGCACUGACGGUGCUGUCAGAUUGUGAGACUAAUAGCCGUGACAGUUUGUCAAGCUGCUGUAUACUUUAGCCACAGCGGACAGAGAGGGCAGAACACCCCGCAGUGCUGUUACCAUGCUGUGCUAUGUGACGAGGCCGGAUGCAGUGGUUAUGGAGGUGGAGGUGGAUGCUAAGGCUAACGGGGAAGACUGCCUGAAUCAGGUAUGCAGGCGGUUGGGAAUUAUAGAGGUAGAUUAUUUUGGUCUCCAAUUCACUGGAAACAAAGGGGAAAAUUUAUGGUUGAAUCUAAGAAACCGAAUAUCACAGCAGAUGGAUGGCCUUGCUCCUUUCAGGAUGAAGCUGAGAGUUAAGUUCUUUGUGGAACCGCACCUUAUCCUACAGGAGCAGACCAGACACAUGUUUUUCUUGCACGUAAAGGAGGAUCUGCUGGAUGGUCGUCUGCAGUGUUCUCCUCAGCAGGCAGUGGAACUAAGCGCCCUGCUGGCCCAAUUGGAAUUUGGAGAUUAUAAUCAGAAUACAGCUAGUUAUAACUAUCAAAGCCUUUGUUCGAUGGAUCUAGGAAAUGACACAUUAGAAAGUGUUAUUACAAAACACAAGAUUUUAGAGGGACUAAGCCAAGGAUCAGGGGAAUAUCAGGUUCUUCAGAUUGUGUCGACUUUAGAAAACUAUGGAGUUGAGUGGCAUACUGUGCGGGAUGCAGAAGCACAGAAGAUUAUAAUUGGUAUUGGACCAGAGGGGGUAUCAAUUUGCAAAGAAGAUUUUAGUCCUAUUAACAGGAUUACGUAUCCUAUUAUUCAGAUGGCAACCCAGUCUGGAAAGAAUGUAUACUUAACAAUCACCAAGGAGUCUGGAAAUAGUUUAGUUCUUCUUUUUAAAGUGAUCAGCACCAGGGCAGCUAGUGGGCUUUAUAGAGCGAUAACAGAAACUCAUGCAUUUUACAGAUGUGACACUGUUACUAAUGCUGUCAUGAUGCAGUACAGCCGAGAUUUGAAAGGACACUUGGCAUCCCUUUUCUUAAAUGAUAACAUCAAUGUUGGCAAGAAGUAUGUGUUUGACAUCAGGAGAACAUCAAAGGAAGUAUAUGACCAUGCAAGAAGAGCCCUAUACAAUGCUGGCAUUGUUGAUUUGGUCACAAGAAGUGAUCAUAGUGAACCCAGCUCCCCUCUCAAGACGUCAGAAUGUGGCAUCAACUGCAACAGCUGCGAGAGCCUCAGCUGUCAUCAAACCAAGGCCCUGCAGGAAAAACUGCGCAAGCUGAAAGAGGCCAUGCUGUGCAUGGUGUGUUGUGAAGAAGAAAUCAAUUCUGCCUUCUGCCCGUGUGGACACAUGGUGUGCUGUGAGGGAUGUGCCACACAGCUUAAAUCAUGCCCAGUAUGCAGAUCUCAAGUGGAGCAUAUCCAACACGUCUAUUUACCAACACACACAAGUCUGCUAAACCUGACUGUGAUUUAAGAAGACAAAAAAAAAAGUUUCUUCUGACUUUUUACAAAAAAAACAAACUGAAAUGCACACGCAUAUAACAAACUACACUAAAAGUGCUACAGCCAUUGGUUUUUGCAAUGACUUUUUACUGGUGGAAUAAAAAUGGGAGGAUUAACAACAUGGAUGGAUUUUGACCCAUGGGAUUUGUAUCUUCAUUUGACGCGCUUUGCAUGCUUCAGAUCUUCUUCUUGAAGCAUUUGUGUACAGGCAAUAUAACCCAGAUUUGUUCAUCUACUCUGGAAAAUUUGUGACUGGUACAAAUUGCUCUUCUCACGACUUUAUUAUUAGAAGGGUUUGAUUGUAAAGGUACAUUGGAGUCAAAAAGAUUCAAAGCAUGCAAUUAACAACAGUUUACUUCUAUUAUGGCAUACUCAGGGAGGCUUAGGAGCAUGCACAUGAUUUGAGCACUGUGACCAUAUGUUAUUCAUAUGGUUCUUAAGGCACGUGCAUGCUCCUGAGCAUACCUCAGUAUGCUUUCUUUGGAAAGAGUCAAGAGAGAAAGUUAAUUCUGAUAAUAUAAGUAGACUGGAUUUUUGUUUUUUAAACUUGUAUCUGAAUCAUGAACUUUUUAAUCUUGACUCCCACGUCCCUUUUAAAGAUUGUUUUAAUUUGCAAUGAAAGUUAGGAAUUUUAGGCCAUUUUCUAGAUUUAUUUAUCAAAUCUAUAUGUUCUGCGCGAAACUGAGACUGUAAAAGCCAAAAUAACUUCCAAAUAAUUAAGGCGAAUCAUGGUUUGAGCACAACCAGAUUCCCCUUUCUUUGGUGCCAGUCCUGUAAUAGUCUUAAACAUUAGUUCUUUUUAGAUUAUAUUUGUUUUAGAUAUUUUAGUUUAAUUGCUAGUCAAGAGGCAUUUUUAAUGUUUUAACUUCAGAAAAUAGCAUACCAUUUAAAAAGAAUCUCUGUAUUAGAAUAACAUUUAGUAAGUUAUUUGUAAUGCUACGUUCCUGAAUAUUAGUGCUAUUGGAUUUUAUUAUUUUUAAUGGGUAAAUAGCUUUAAACAUUGUUUUUAAGAAAAGAGGAGAAAGAAGAUAUGACAUAGGUCAAAGAAGAAAGCCUGAAGAAACUCCACUUUUGUUAGUGUUUUUAGCUUUUUUCGUAAAGGGAGAUUGAAGUCAAAUUUAAACUUUUAUGACUCGGAGUGUACAAUUAAUAGAAAUAAAGUGGAAUUUUUUUUUUUUUAAAUCAAAUUUACCUUUUUCCCUUGGUUGAAACUGGUUUCCUUUCCAUGAAAGCAUACUUAAGUAGCAACAACUGUACUGUAUAGCAGCUGUGCUUGUGACAAUGUUAUACAUGUAGCGCUGAAGUCACAAAGUCACUUUUAUAGAAAGGGGUCAAGUUGUGACCAAGAGAAAUGUAAAAUUUUAAAAUUGAAGUACAUUGUGUUUUGUUUUGUUUUUUUGUACUCUGUAUCAGAUUCAUGAAAGUUUUUUUAUUUUUUAUUCCAUGUCUCUUGCCAGUUUUUUUGCUGAAACAAUCAAGUUAUUCAGUAUUUGUCCUUCUGUAAUAUGAUUUAUGUAUUGCCAUAUGCAGAAGUUCAUACACUAGUAUUCACAUGCAAUGUUUUUCUGUCUCAUUGUCUGUCUGUAUGUUUGUCUUUCUUGGGCAUUAUGGUCUUCUAAAAGAUUUCAUUAGAAAAAUGGUUUUCUGCUCUUACUCAAAGAAUGCAGUUUUAGGAUUGCCAUAAAAUAUUAAUUUAUAAAUGAAUAGUCUAAGUUCAGAAUAAAGUGGACUCUUCUCAUAGUAAAAGCUGAAAACUCUGAUAUAGGAUAAUCUUUGAAGGCCAUAUUGAGUGCAAUACCAGCUGAAUCAAUUGCUGGAAAAAAAAAUGACACUGUCACUUUAUGGAAAAAAUAUGUUCUUUAUAUACCUUUUUCGUAUUGCCUUAAUGUAGCAGUAAUGUGUUCUUUAUGCAUUUUGUUUCUUUGCACAGACAUUUUGUCAAAAACUAUUUAGAAAAUUGCUCUACUUUUUUAUGGCACAUAUUGGCAUAUUGCCUCCGAUUCCAUGAGGUAUUUAUUUUUUCACUUUGUAAGAAAUGGAUUUUGCUUCCACAUUAUACAGAAAAGAAUGCCAAUGUUUGGUGUGAUAAACAAUUUCUGUCUUUUUAUAUUUGGUUUAAUAAAGAAUUUCUGAAAAAUA